GAGCGAUCAUCAGUCUCAUUUGACUUUUCCACACAAGAGGGAGGACUCGGGCUCGAUUCGAGAAUGUUUUCCAAACACUUAUCGCUGGGACUGUGUCUGGGUCUGGGUCUGGGGCUCAUCGUGCUAUGUGCGCACUUGGCCAGCGCCCGUCCCCAGAAUCCCUAUUACGUGGAGAGCGGCGAGGGCGGCUAUGGACACUCCAAACGGCACCAACAUCACCAUAAUAUGCGUGGCCAUGGAUCUGGUCCGGGAUACUCUGGAGGAUAUGGGCCGCCGCCUGCAGCACCGCCACACCCACACCCAGGAUUUGGUGGAAGCCUCAGCCUACCACAGACUCAGCCCGGUCUAGGUGCACGGUAUCCGCCCCACUUUGAUCCCUAUAACCAACAGCCUGGCGGUGGGUUCCGCGGACAGCAGCCCGGAAGCCACUUCCCUGGGCGACAGCCUGGUGGGGACUUCGACAGAGGACAGUCUGGAUUCCAACAGCCAGGUGGUUUCCAGGGUCAAGGUCAAGGAGGAUUUCGUCAGCAGGGACAAGGUCAAGAAGGUUUCCAGCGGCCAGGACUAGGACAAGGAGGAUUUCACCGGCAUGGACAGGGACAAGGAGGAUUUCGUCAGCCGGGACAGGGUCAAGGAGGAUUCCAGCAGCCAGGACAGGGACAAGGAGGAUUCCAGCAGCCAGGACAGGGACAAGGAGGAUUCCAGCAGCCAGGACAGGGACAAGGAGGAUUCCAGCAGCCAGGACUAGGACAAGGAGGAUUCCAGCAGCCAGGACAGGCACAAGGAGGAUUCCAGCAGCCAGGACAGGGACAAGGAGGAUUCCAGCAGCCUGGACAGGGACAAGGAGGAUUCCAGCAGCCAGGACAGGCACAAGGAGGAUUCCAGCAGCCAGGGCCAGCAGCGGGUUUCCAGCAGCCAGGCAUCGGCGGCACUGCCAAUCCCAUCCAACCUCGUCCAGGCACCGACAACGAAGAUUUCUCCGAGUUCAACUUCCAGACACCCAACACGCUCCAGCCGCGACCAGGUCAAGGUCAACAGCAGCCCGGUCAGGGGGUUGGUAGCACCAUUCAGCCCCUUCCAGGAGGUGCCUCAGCCCGAACUGAUGAUGGCGACGAUGCGCUGAAGGAUAUUUUCAACACGCACGACUUUCUGUCGCCCAGCCUGAAAGAAGGAGGCGGCUACAGGGAUCCCAAGUCGGAAGCCGUACCGAUGUCCGUUGGCCAGCGCAAUCUCUUCAAUACGGAUCCCAUUUGCACGGACGGCACCGUUCUGAUGGCGGGACGUUGCCGCAAAGCGGCCUAAAGCCCAGUCACCAUUUAUUUCCAUUAAUGCAUCAUCAAGUUUUCCUCUUUCACAAUAAAUUCGGCUCAAUUACCA